AUUACAUCUCAAAUCGCUACUAACUGUAAGAGAUGAAUGUGUCUGGAGAGUCUGCAGCUGAUAUCGAAGAGAAGACAAAUGGUGAACCAACUCAAGGAAAAGAACAAGAACAAGAUGAGCCAGCGGAAGAGCAAAGUGGACGGCAGUCAAAUGCAGAAGAUGGUUCAGAAGAGCCAAACGUCGGAGGGUCAGAACAUCUUCGAGAGCAAUUAGUAGAUCGUCCAGUGGCCACAGGAGGUCCGCAGCUAAAUGUGGACGAUUUACAAGACUUGGAUGAGACUUUGGAUGUCAGACGACAUGCAGCCCAACCAACAUUGCCACAAGUAGCCAAUGGUCAGCCGGAGCGUCAAAAUGUGGAGCAACCUCGGGGAGGAGAGAACCCGUAUGAACACCGAUUAUUAAACCAAGUUGAAAUUGAUGUAUAUACCCAAGGGCAACAAAGCAUGAUUGAUUCUAACGAAGAACAUCAGAGAGCUGAACAAAACAAGAUCAAUCAGGCGAACUUACUAAUCGAAAAAUGUGAGCAAAGCAAUCAACUAAUGCAACGCCAAACAGAAGAAGUACAAAGGGGAGACUAUCCUGCUCCUCCUGGAAGUCAAGAGCGCAACGAAACACAGGGUCGUUUUAAUCAGCGGCUUCUAGAAAUUAGUCCACGCUCACGUAGACUAAGAGAAAACUUAGUAACCUCGUAUAACACAGAAAACGAAGCUCGAACAGAGUUCAAUCAAAAUCUGAGAGACCAGGCCAAUCCAACAUUUGGAAAUGUCGGUCGAAUGUUACUCGCUUUAAACGAAUCGAACAGGCAACGCAGUGAUGAACGGACUCGCAUAUCACGAGAUCUUCAACAAAUUGAGCAAGAAGUAAGAGAAAUUGCCGCGCCUCAAGCGGUUGCCAAUCAACGAUAUCGUAGGGCAAAUGCUCCUGAUAAUCUAAGACGAGAUCAACCAUCACCAGCAGAAGACCCGGAAGGUCUCGGUGCUUUAAUGACCCCCGAUGAAGGUGAAAAUCUAGAAGAAAAUAGUAGUGACAACUAUGAGGACGAAGAGGAUGAUGAAUAUGCUGAUGAUCAUCAAGAAGGGCCAUCCAAUCGAGGAUACAAGCGGCCACGCCGUGACAGUGACGGAGACGAUUCGGGAAGUUAUGCUACAAAACGACCAUAUGACUAUCUCUCUAAACUUUAAGUUAAUAUACUGCCAUAAUCGUGAAAUAUGUUAAUUUAUUAGUUUAUUGAUUAUUUUAACUUUCAAAGUUAUUCUGUAUUUUCCCACUGUUUGCUUUUUGUCAAUAUUUCUCAAAUUUAACCAAAUAUUUUUGAAUAAAUUCAACUUAAAAU